CUAAUAUUUCGUCAUUUAAAUGUUUGUUUGUUGAACAAACGGAGGACGAAGAACGUGGGGCUUCAUAAUAACGCGUUAAAUCCAGCCCGCAAACAGCGGGAUUUUUCAAUAUUCACCUUCACCUCCCCUUAAACUACUCCUAAUAAACUAAACUCAAUUUUGAGACAGGAGAGAGUAACAAACUUAACUCAAACGACAGACAUAAAGCUAAAAAUUAAGGAAACAAAUCAUUACAGCACUAAAUAAUACUCCACAGCACAACCUCAAAUAGUAUUAGUAGUAGAAUUAACUGUAGUUCCCCAGAAAAACUACAGUCCAUCGUCGGUGCUUUCUUCUUCCUUGUUCCUAUCUGUCAUCUUUCCUUUUUCUCCCAUGUCACUCUAUUUUCCUCUCCUUUGAAACCCCCAAUUUGUUCUCUUUACGGGCUGAGAUUAAAUUAAUGGGUCCAGACGGCAGCUUCACUGCUCAAAAAAGAGCACUACCCACCACCGCCACACCCAACGGCGGCGUCGGUGGCAGGGGGAGCUCCGUUUUACCUCGCGGCCGACAGAUCCAGCGUACUUUCAACAACAUUAAGAUUACUAUUCUAUGUGGCUUCGUUACUAUCCUCGUCCUACGUGGCACUAUUGGUUUCGGAAACCUCGUGUCCUCCGGACCCGACGCCGAAAACGCGCAUCUUAUUGAAGAGACUAAUCGGAUCCUUGACGAGAUCCGAUCCGAUAAGGACCCGGAUGAUAAUUUCGUCGGCCGUAAUUCGAAGUACAGUUUAGGCCCGAAGAUUAAUGCCUGGGAUAAAGAACGGAAGCUAUGGCUUCAGAAGAACCCGGAAUUUCCUAAUUUUGUUCGAGGUAAGCCUCGUGUUAUGCUAGUAACUGGUUCUCCACCAAACCCUUGUGAUAAUGCAAUUGGGGAUCAUUACCUGUUGAAAGUUAUAAAGAACAAGAUUGAUUAUUGUAGGAUCCAUGGGAUUGAAAUUGUUUAUAAUUUAGCUCAAUUGGAAAGGGAAAUGGCUGGGUAUUGGGCUAAAUUGCCGUUGAUUCGUAAGCUAAUGUUGUCACACCCUGAAAUGGAGUGGAUAUGGUGGAUGGAUAGCGAUGCGCUAUUCACUGAUAUGGCAUUUGAGAUCCCUUUUUCCAAGUACAAAGAUCAUAAUCUUGUAAUUCAUGGUUAUCCAGAUCUAUUGUUUGAUCAGAAAUCGUGGAUUGCUUUAAACACGGGUAGUUUUCUGAUUAGGAAUUGCCAGUGGUCACUUGAUUUGUUGGAUGCAUGGGCCCCAAUGGGGCCGAAAGGUCCUGUUCGUGAAGAAGCUGGGAAGGUUUUGACUGCUAACUUAAAGGGUAGACCAGCAUUUGAAGCAGAUGAUCAGUCUGCACUAAUAUACUUGCUGAUGUCACAGAAGGGACGGUGGAUGAACAAGGUGUUCGUUGAGAAUUCCUACUAUCUACAUGGAUAUUGGGCGGGGUUAGUUGAUUGGUACGAGGAGAUGAUUGAGAAGUACCAUCCAGGUUUUGGGGAUGAGAGAUGGCCAUUUGUGACACAUUUUGUGGGAUGCAAGCCAUGUGGGAGCUAUGGAGAUUACCCUGUUGAGAGUUGCUUGAAAAAUAUGGAGAGGGCUUUCAAUUUUGCAGAUAAUCAAGUGCUUAACUUGUAUGGAUUUAGACAUAAGGGAUUGUUGAGCCCUAACAUCAAAAGGAUUAGGAAUGAAACACAUAAUCCACUGCAGUAUGUAGACCAGUUAGAUGUUCGACAUGCAAAGCAUCAGACUACAGAAACUCAGGGCUAGUGGCAACACCAGCUUAUGCACAGAGGAAUCUGCAGUAUUUCUGGAUUUUCUGCAGGGUGCGACUAAGGUUUUGACCUGUCUUGGAUGAGAAUGGCACUUUCGGAAUGAAGUGGUGUGCUUCUUGUUCUAUACUUUGGUGGUCAGUCAAGCCUUGCAUCAUGGGGAUUGGAUUUUGCCUUUUCUUUCCUCCCACGGUUGAAGUUUGUGUUAGAUUUACUUAAUUCUAGCAACAUUUUAGUUUCUCGGCAAGAUGACUUUUGAACUGUAUGAAUGAUGUGCUUGGAAAAGAACAGCUGGAUUCAAAUAGGAUGAACAGAAUUUGUCUAGAUAGCUUCAACAUAAGUUACUCUCAACCUCCAGCUUUGGGAGGUAUAAGAUGUGAUCACACUUGUAAAAUUGCAAUUCUUGGUCGUUCUUUCUUUGGUUAAAUGAAUUUUUGGUAUAUGAUAGUGGACCAUUAUGCUGUUAUAUGAACUUGGAAAUGUACCAGUAUUAAUACAUCAUCUUUCAUUCUUUA